AUGGACGAAUGUUGUAUGGUUGUUCAGCCCACUACUGUAUGUAGACCUACUGGAGAACAGAUCAUUUUGUUGUUUACAAAUUAAGCCAUCUCAUCUUCAAAAUGUUGUUCCUGUUAUUCGACGUCGGAAGAAAAUACAUUGUUCCUCCAUAUGUGUUUAUGAUAAUGUGCUACAUCCUUCCAUUACACGUUAACCAAUUGUUGUAUUCCUCCUCUAGCUGUUUGAGAACAUGAUGCAUCGUGAGUUCCAGGAGAGGGAGACCAGACACCUGUCCCGUAAAUUCACUGAGUGGGUGUACGGACCUGUCCAUUCCUCCCUGUAUGACUUGACCUCUCUGGACUCCUACGAGAAGAACUCUGUCCUGGAGAUUGUCUACAGCAUUUAUAUAAUAAGGAUUAAAUCAUAA